AUGUAUCCCGUUCAGUACGCUCCGCAACCGUACGUGGCUGUUGUGACGCCUGCGUUCAAUCAACGGCCUGCUCAGGCUUAUCAAGUGCCUCCAGUCUAUCAACCAGCUCCAGUUCAACAACGUGUUGCGGCUCCUCCAGCUUAUCAACAAGCACCAACAGCUCCUGUUUAUCAACAACCGAGAGCUCAAGCGCCGAGGCAGAAUGCUCAAAACCAGAAUAAGAGGCAAGGGGAGAGGGCGACCUUCAAUCCAAUCCCAAUGUCAUACACUGAGUUUUAUCCCUCCCUAUUGCGAAAGGGGUUGGUGGUUCCCAGACCUAUGGGACCCCAACCUGACCGUCUUCCUCCAUGGUACAACCCCAAUGCACACUGUCCUUUCCAUGAAGGUGCCCCCCGACAUGACUUAGAGGGUUGUUAUGCUCUGAAGCAUAGGGUCCGUGAGCUAAUUGAAAGCAAGAUCUUGUCUUUUAAGGACAUGGGACCGAAUGUGAAGAACAAUCCUCUUCCUCCCCAUGGAAAUCCUGCAGUAAACGCCAUUGAAGACGCCUCUGUUGGUGUUACGGUUGAUAAGGUGGAUGAUGUUAAGACUCCUUUGGCAGCAUUCCAUGCCCGAUUGGUGGAAGCUGGCAUGAUUAAUGUUAAUCAUGAAAAUUGUGAAGAGUGUGCCACAUACCCAAAGGGAUGUCAGGUGGUACGAGACAACAUUCAAGAUUUGAUGGAUAAAGGAGUGCUUCAAAUAUCCAGUGCUGUGAAGAACGAAGAUGUGUUGGUAAUUGAACCUUGUUUCAAUUUACCUGAACCAGUUGAAAUCCCAUAUUAUAGUGGUGGAGUGGUUCCAGUGAAUAGAAGUGCAGACGCUGAAGUGACAAAAGCUGUAAGUGAAGACGUCACCAAUAUUGCAGGAAUGAGCAGAAUGACCCGUAGUGGUCGAAUCUAUACGCCUGAAUUCAAUGUAACUCCUCAAGGGCCAAACAAGGAAUCAACAGUUGUAGCUCCCACUAAAGAACCCGAAGUGGUCCAAUCCGAAGAUGCUGUUGAAUUCUUGAAGUUAAUCAAGAGAAGUGACUACAAGGUUGUGGACCAAUUGCAUCAGACACCAUCUAAAAUCUCUAUUCUAUCUUUGUUAUUGAACUCCCAAGCCCAUAGGGAAGCUUUGUUGAAGGUGCUUGCUCAAGCUCAUGUAACACAAAGCAUAACAGUUGACCAAUUUGAUGGAGUAGUUGCAAAUAUCAUAGCUUGCAAUACUUUGAGCUUCAGUGGAGAGGAAUUACCUGAGGAUGGACAAAAUCAUAAUCGUGCCCUCCAUAUCUCGGUAAAGUGCAAAGAUGAUCCUUUGGCAAGAGUUUUGGUUGAUACUGGAUCUUCUCUGAAUGUUAUGCCAAAGAGAACACUCGCCAAGUUAUCUUAUCAAGGACCAGCUAUGAAGCCUAGGGCCUUGGGGAAGUCACCUCCACUUUACACCAAAAGAUGA